GCUGCCUGUGUCUUGUACUACAGAAAGUCAAAAUCUUUCCUUUCUUUGUUCCCCUCUGUCGAGCUGGAGUUUCCUGCUAUUUUAACCAGGUACUCUUCCUGCUGUCAUAAACUAUGCAAAAAAGGAGGUGGAACAUCUGAUAUGAAGAAAACUUGUUCCAUUCAGGGGCCACUGAGAGAGGAAUUCACCUUUCCUCCGGUUCUGCUCCCUUCAAAAGUUGUCAUGCGUCACUAUCGUGAGGUUGAAAAAGAUUUUUUGGUUGCGUAUUUUGGAGGCUCCUAUGAAGGAGCACCUGAUGUGAAAAUUUGGUUGCAGAAAUACAAAGAUGGCCACUGGUUUCCGCCUGUUGUUAUCGACGAACAACCCGACGUUCCGAUGUGGAACCCUGUGCUAUUUAAACUUCCAUCACAGGAGCUGUUGUUAUUCUAUAAAGUUGGCCAGGAGGUUCAAAAGUGGAGCGGAUGCAUGAAGCGAUCGUAUGAUAAAGGUGUUACAUGGACAAAGAGAGAGCAACUUCCUCCUGGCAUACUAGGACCUUCUAAGAACAAGCCUAUCUUGCUGGAAAAUGGACUUUUGCUCUGUGGAUCAUCAGUAGAGAGUUGGAAUUCUUGGGGUUCAUGGGUGGAGGUUACACCAGACUCCGGUAUAUCCUGGAAGAAGUAUGGCCCUAUAUAUAUUAAAAAUAGGUCUCUCAGUGUGAUUCAACCUGUUCCUUAUGUUACUUCAAAAGGAACUCUCCGUGUUUUAAUGCGAUCUUUCGAAGGCAUCGGUAAAGUUUGCAUGUCAGAAUCCAAUGAUGGUGGCCAACACUGGGAUUAUGUCAAGCCUACCGAGCUUCCCAACCCAAACUCAGGUAUCGAUGGAUUAAGCUGAGGGAUGGCCGCUUCUUGCUUGCUUACAAUACAAUCUCAAGGGGUGUGCUUAAAGUUGCACUGUCCACGGAUGAUGGUGAUUCAUGGGACGAAGUUUUAACACUAGAAGAGAAUCUGGAAAUGGAAUUCUCUUAUCCGGCUGUUAUCGAGGAUAGUGACGGUCUUAUUCACAUCACUUAUACAUAUGAUAGGACCCAGAUUAAGCAUGUCAUAGUUCAGCCGAAUUGAUUCGUGAUAAUCGUCCGGUAAAAGUGAAGGUGAACUUGCAACCAAUGUUCCAGAUCCCAAUGUAUAAGCUUCUUUGAACUGUUAAUAAUCAAUAAAGUAAAACCAGGGUUUGUAUCGGAAGAAUCCAUGUUUGUGAGAGUAAUAAGAUUUUCUUAUCAUUGCUUUGCAAUGUAA